AUGUCAAUAGAUGAACCUACUAAGUGCAUUGAUGUCACUCCUUUUGAGCUGAUGAACUUAAAAGAAGAAACUAGAAUGAAAUCCAAGGAAGAUCUCGCUAUGAAGAAAGCGAUUGAACAAGAGUUAACUCACUACUAUGAUACCACCAGGAGACAAUUAAGAGACGAUGCUAAGAGGCAAAUCGAACAGAUUCAGGAUGAGAACAAGAAAUACUAUAACCUACGACGUAGAGAUCCUCAUAAGUACCAUCUUGAUGACCUCGUAGCUGUAACGUUUUAG